AUGCUUGCAUCAAUUUUUAUUUAUGGCUAUAAUAUUACUCUACAAAAUUCCAGUGUUGUCUUAUGUAAAGUCUACCUCUAUGUGGCAUUUCUGUUUGCAUCAGUUACACCAAGCAUUCUUAUUCUUGCAUCAAUUGAUCGCUUAUUAAUUUCAUCUCAAAAUGUUGAUACACGUUUAUAUAGUUCGAAACGCUUAGCUUAUUUUUCAAUUAGUAUAAGUACAGCUUUCUGGAUAGCAUUCCAUCUUCAUUUACUAAUUAAAGCGAAUAUAGUAGAAAUAUAUCCAUCAAUCUUUGUUUGUUAUUAUGAUCUUUCAACAACUUAUGUGAAUUAUAUUUUUUAUUCUGUAAUGGUCAUGAAUGUUAGUUUUUCUAUAUUAAUGAUUAUUUUAUCAAUAUUAUCAUUUAAAAAUGUUCGCCAAAUACGAAUUCUACCACGUCAACAACGAGGUCAAAUUCGAACAAUGAAAAAGAAAGAUUUUCAAUUACUUCGAUGUUUAUUCGUUCAAGGCAUUGUUUUUACAUUUUUCAGUAUGUUCAUAACUGCUUAUUAUACAUAUGAAGCAGCUGAAAGAGAUCAAAUACAAACAUCAUGGAACGAAGCAAUUAGUACGUUCUUAAAUAACUUGUUUUCUUUUAUUUACAAUAUUACUUUUUGUGCUAAUUUUUACGUAUUUGUAUCAUUCUCAAAAGCUUUUCGUCAAGAUGUAAAACAAUUGGUUCGCAAAAUGUUUGGUAAAGAUACCAUAGCACCACGAGAAGAAGAAGCAAAUAAUGGAGAAAAUAUAAAUUCUAAAGCUCCUGGUGCCAAUUCUACUGCAAUAUCUAAUUAA